GCCAAAGCUCUUCCUCGAGAACUCUGAUUUGCCUGAUGAUGCGCCUGCUGAGGUCCCCCACGAGCCAGGAGCGGCUGGGGACGGGCAUGGCGUUGGGCAUGAUGAAGCCGGGGGCGGCGGCCGAGGCAAGGGCGGCCGUAAGGGCGGCAAGGGGGAGGGGCGACGUAAGUCAAAGGUGUCGAGGAACGGUGACGAUGAUGACGCUGGCCAGGGUGACGCUGACGGCGAGGACGGUGGCAAGACCAAGGCUUGCGGGUCGUGCAAGAAAGAGAAGAGCAUCAAGGAGUUCUACGAGAGUCAGAACGACUGCAAGGUUUGCCGCAAAGAGGACCGUCAAAUGAUGGGAAUGGCUGAGAGGCAAGGUCUCACUUCCUGGUUGAAGGAUUUGAAGAACAAGAAGCCGGCCGAGUACGCGAAGCUCAAGAAGGUUGUCAUGAAGGUGGUCCCGAACGCCCAGGGCCGAAGGGAGUUUAACCUUGUCCAGUACAAGGAGGAGAUGUAUACCAGGGCAGAGGUCGAGUCGAACAAAAUGGGCAAAAUGAUGUGGGAAGGUGAGUACCGCGAAUUUGCCCAGAGUGCAGAGGGAGGGUUUCUGACCAAAGACGAGUACGAGGCACAAUGGAAGAAGUGGAUGGAAGAUCCGGAUCACCCCAAAGACGAAGACGGGCCUCGAGGCUACACGCAGUGUUUGGUCAAGAAGGGCAAGUACAUCAGUGACAAGGAGGCGAUGGGCAAGAAGAAAUCGGUCGAGGCUUCUGGGAAGGCGAUCAAGAAGUGUGACGAAGCCACGGCGAAGAGCUUGAUGAACCAAGCGACUGGCGGCAUGGACGUGGAAGACAACCUCCUCAACUUCGGCCAGGACGAGAAGUCCAAAGCCUUGAAGGUCAAGGGGAAGAAGAAGGCCGCCGCACAUGAUGAUACCGAGGACUGCAGUGACGAGGAGAAGACUUCGAAUCGAACUUCGAAGGCCGACGAGUCCAACCAGGGCAAAGGCAUAACCCCGAAGAAGGUUUCCGCAGAGGAGUGGCUCAACGGCACUGGGCCUCAGAAGAUCAACAAGGCUAACCGGGACUGCCUGUGGGAUGUGGGGAAGCUCGAGACAACUGCUGCUAGCCGUAUGAAGGACAUGGAGGCAGCGCUGGAGGACUUCGCCAAAGACCCCGACAAAGACAAGUUCUCGAGCGAGAUCAAGACUGUGAAGAACCGCCUCGAAGCGCUGGGCCACGUGCUCAGCCUGGACCCCUCCAAGCUCAGGUACAUCGCGAACGUGGAGACUGCUGCUGGCGCAGCAGACCGGAUUGCCAGCGAGUCCUUGGGCCGCAGCUCUAUCCGAUCUUCCCACGACACGAAUCCGAUCAACUCUGCUGGGCCAUGUCCUCGGUACAAGGAUCUGAUCACCAUCGCCCAGGCCAAAGGGAAGGUCGACUUCAACGAUUGCCAGUCGGACGAGGACGUGAAAUCCCGCAAGACUGAGAUCUCCGAUCAAUACUCGGCCAUCCCGAACUUGCUCAAGUUCUGUUCCACUGGCGUGAGCGACUUGUACUCUGCCCGCACUAUGCUCCACAAGAGACGCACGUUAGAAGCGAAGGCGGCUGAGGAGGCGCGCAAGAAGCGGCAGAAAGAGGCGAAUGCUGCGAGCGGCGCUGGAAACGGGCCAGCGACCAAGAAGGCAAAACAGUCUCAGAUUCAGACCUAUCCCAUCUUCGACGUCGACCUGCCUGGAGGCCGUGACAUGUUCUCCAUACCGAACAUCCCCAUCGAUGCCCUGGUCGCGUUCGCAACGAAGCACGACGGCGACCUCGGCACCAGCCCUUGUGAUAGCAUUGACCCUGAAAAGCCAUUGCUGUUGCCCUUCCACGUGUCGCCUGCCCACGUGGAGUCUCGGGUGGGCCGCGAGCGGAGCGAGAUGCAGUUCGACAACCAGGAGGAGCAGGAUCGUUGGGAGGAGAGUGCGACUUCUUUGAAUAAGGGCACGGCGACUUUAUCUGAGGAGAUUGAGGGCUUCAAGGAGGAGUUCCGCGCCUCGGACCUGAGGCUUACGAUAGGCAGGGCCGUCAGCCCUUUGCCAGACGAGGAGUGCGAAACCGUCGUGAUGGAUUGGUUCCUCAACUACUGCCAGUUGGACAAAGCCGGCUUCCGGAACGUGCCCGCGCCGAAGGCUGCGGAGAACCGCCAGCUCUACAAUGUCGCGGGCCUCGGGUGCUUUGCCAUCGCAGCGGGCGUGCAGGACUGCCGGGUCGAGCCCUCAGCUUUACCCACCUUGCGGGGGCAAGUGGGUGGCACGCGAACCAUCGUUGCGUGCAGGGUUGACGAGGUCAUCUCGUUCCUGGUGGAGACGAAGGGGCAGAGCGACGUCACGACGAAAAUGUCCAUCGAGUUCAUCAAGUCUGCAAUUGCAGCAGAC